GUCUUGCUGCAUGCUGCAUAAAGAUGAUCACUAGCAUCUUCUAUUUCAUAUUUAGUCAGUUCGAUAGCAGAACCACACCACCACGAAACAUGGAGGCUCUAAGGCCAAAAGGGCGCACCACCGCCACCCAUAUUCCUCCACUGCACACGGCUCAACUUCUGCCUAUCGUUCCCUUCAACCGCGUAUUUGCCUCAGUUUACUUGUGUGCCCUUCUGGCUUUUUUUUAUCACCAUUUACAAAGACUCAUCAGCUCCACAACACCAAUCUCUUCCUUCAUAAACCUCAUACUAUUUAUCUCCGAUCUUGUUCUUGCCUUCAUGUGGUCCACAGCUCAGGCUGCUCGCCUAUAUCCAAUCCAACGCAAAGAAUUCCCAGAAAACCUCGAUAAAGUUAUUACAAGAAGUGAUUACCCAGCUAUAGAUGUGUUUAUAUGCACUGCGGAUCCGAGCAAGGAACCACCCAUGAGCGUCGUGAACACGGCUUUAUCAGUUAUGAGUUACGAUUAUCCAACGGAGAAGCUUUCGGUGUACGUAUCGGAUGAUGGAGGCUCUGCACUUACUCUUUUUGCGUUCAUGGAGGCUGCCAAGUUUGCCGCACAUUGGUUACCAUUUUGCAGAGAGAACAAUAUUUUACAGAGAAGCCCUGAAUCCUAUUUUGAAUCAAAUUAUUCUACUUCCUCUCAAACCGUCGAAAUUAAGAAGUUGUAUGAAAGCAUGAAGAUGAGAGUUGAGCAUGUUAUGGAGAAAGGGAAAAUAAACGAUGAGUACAUCAGAAGCCAUGAAGAGUGCCAAGUUUUUAAACAAUGGACUCAUAAAUUCACCAUCGCAAAUCAUCCAACCAUUAUUCAGGUUAUAUUAGCAAAUAACAAGAGUAAGGAUGCUGGCGGCAAUUUUAUGCCUAAUCUUAUUUAUAUUUCUAGAGAAAAAAGCAGCAAUACACAUCAUCGCUUUAAAGCUGGUGCUUCAAAUGUUUUGUUACGAGUGUCGGCCAUCAUGACUAAUGCACCAAUAAUAUUGGUUCUAGAUUGUGAUAUGUAUUCCAACGAUCCGCAAACCCUUCUUCGAAUGUUGUGUUACUAUUCGGAUCCUAAAAUUCGUUCCAAAUAUUCAUACAUUCAAUUUCCUCAGUAUUUUCAUGGGGUCAAUAAAAAUGACAUGUAUGCUUGUCAAUUCAAACGUUUGUUUCAAAUUCAACCUAUGGGGUUCGAUGGGCUAGGAGGCGCCAAUCAUGUUGGGACCAACUGUUUCUUCUCCAGGAGAGCAUUCUUUGGUGGCCCAUCCAAUUUUGUUUCUCCAGAAAUCCCUGAGUUGAGUCCAAGUCAUGUUGUAGACAAGCCCAUACAGUCCUCAGAAGUCAUGGCUUUAGCUUAUCAUGUAGCCGGUUGUAAUUAUGAGAACCAAACUACCUGGGGCUACAAGAUGGGAUAUCGAUAUGGGUCGUUAGUUGAGGACUUCUUUACGGGUUAUCAGCUGCGUUGUGAGGGUUGGAGGUCCAUGUUUUGCAAUCCAUAUAGACCAGCGUUUCUGGGGAAUGCCCCUAUCAGCUUGGUGGAUUCGUUGAAUCAACAGAAGCGGUGGGUUGUUGGUGUCUUAGAGGUGGGGUUCUCAAAGUAUAGCCCAAUCAUAUAUGGCAUUAGACGUGUUGGCCUUCUCAUGUCCCUACUUUAUUCACAGUAUGCAUUCUGGCCUAUUUGGUCAAUUCCGAUAACCACAUAUGCUUUUCUUCCCCAGCUAGCUCUCAUCAAUCAAGUUCGCAUCUUCCCAAAGGUCUCUGAACCAUGGUUUCUCCUGUAUCCAUUUCUUUUCCUGGGGGCAUAUGGACAGGAUUAUUUCGACUUUGUCUCUGCUAAGGGAACAUUCCAAAUGUGGUGGAAUGAUCAGAGGAUUUGGACUGUAAGGGGAGUUUCAUGUUUUAUGUUCGGAUCACUUGAAUUUUUGCUCAAGUCCUUGGGCAUUUCGACUCUGGGCUUCAGUGUGACCAGCAAAGUAGUUGAUGAUGAACAAAGUAAGAGAUACGACCAAGGGAUCUUUGAUUUUGGAGUCCCAUCGCCCAUGUUUGUGCCGCUAACAAUGGCAGCAUUGAUCAACUUAGUGGCACUUAUUCUGGGGCUGGCACAAGUUCUCAAAGGCGGCAAUUCAUUGGAGGGACUUGUGAUCCAAAUGUUCAUAGCAGGAUUUUGGGUUGUGAAUUGUUGGCCAAUCUAUGAAGCAAUGGUCUACAGAAAGGAUAAUGGAAAAUUGCCUGUCAAGAUCACUCUCACUGCAGCAUUUCUGACAUGGGCUCUUUACAUAGUAGCUUAAACAAGGUUUUCUUCUUAUGCUUUGUAUUGCACCAUGAAGACAAAUAAGACUUUUAAGGGAUCCUAUCUCUUAUAUAUAUAUAUAAAAUAGGAAACUGCUUCAUUA